AUGGAUAAACAAUUAUUCUUAUCUCUAUUUGAUAAUUUUGUAAUUCAUAAAAAAAUUUUUAAAAAUGUAAAACAUUCCGUAUUUAAUGGCAGUUAUAACUAUUUGGAUAUGUUUAAGAAAUACUUUAUUGAUAGAGAAGCGAAAGGAGAUUGUUUUGGUUUCGAUAAUUACUCUCAGUCUAAAAUCUAUGAAUGUGCUAUCAUUGGUGGCAGUCUGGAGUUGUUUCAAUAUUCGUUAGAACAACUAGGUUUAGAUAGAGAGAAAACAUUUCGAUCUAAUAAAUGUGAACCAAAUAUGUUGAUGUGUUUGGUUUCAAAGUACGGUAGAUCGGAUAUUCUUCAUUAUAUCUUUGGAUUGGAUGAACUUCAACAGUAUAGCUGGGACUAUUACAGUAUGAUGGUGAAUGCACCACUCUCUGGAAAUUUCGAGCUAUUGAAAUUCUUGGUGGGAAAAGUCGGUAGUACUCCAAACAACAAGGAUAGUUUUGUCAACACUGCCAUUGAUAAUGCCGCAAGAGAAGGACCUUUAGAUAUGCUUCAGUAUCUUGAGGUUGAUAGAGCAAUGGAUCUAGAGAGAGAUUCCUCCAAUCUAUUACUUUACAAUGCAAUAACAGGAGGAAAUAUAGAGGUUAUCGAGUAUGUUCUCAACAAGUAUUUAGAUGAUCUCAAUAGUGAUGGUGAAUAUUAUGAUUUAAUAGAUAUGGCAGCAUACAUUAAUCGAUUGGAUAUUAUCAAGUUGGUUAGUCAGAGAAUUGGCAUCAAUCAAUGUUCAUCAGAAGCAAUGUGGAGUGCAAUUCGACACCAUAAUCUAGAGAUGCUAUCAUGGUUGCAUGAGAAUACCGAAGGUGGAUGUGAAGAUUGUCUAGACAGUGCCGGUAGUCAAGGAACCGUUGAAAUUGUAAAAUGGUUGAACCAAAAUUGUACAUCAGAAUGCACUUCUGCGGCUAUGACAGAUGCAGCACGUGCAGGCAAGCUAGAUAUCGUCAUUUGGUUACACAAUAAUAGAAGUGAAGGAUGCGAUUCAGAUACUCUUGAUAGAGCGAUCGCAAAUCAAAACUUGGAGGUCGUUAAAUGGUUGUUGGCAAACAGAUCAGAGUGUACAUUAGCUAGUAUUGACAGCUACUGUCGCACUGAACAAGAAUGGUUGAAUCUCAACUUGGAACAACUUAAUCUAUUUACAAAUUAA